GAAGGUUAACAACUUUAAGGUCGAGACGAGAUUGACAAACGUGCAGAUUGAGGUGUAAUUUACGCUUUUGGUUUGCAAGAAAAAGAAGAGCAGGACCACCAUUAGCAUCCCCUCCGACAGGCUGAGACGGCCAUCACCCAAGAAUGGAUACUCUGGAAAGCAUUGGCGCGGACUUUGAAAAAGUAUCCCAAAAGCAACAUGCGUCCAUUACCGAAGUCGACACUAUUCUCCAAACCCUCGUAAACGCCUUCACAGAAGCCGCUACAGCCAUCCAGUCUGACCCAACAUCCCUCAGUUCAACCAUGGCCCUUUUGAAACAGAAAGCAGCUGCUACCUCAAAGUCAUUGUCGUCACAGCAGGAAGACGUUCGGCGGUUGGCAAUGCGCCAUGAUAAGACCCUCCGAGGAUCCUUUAAAACGGAUUUGAACAACAUAUGGGAUCCGAGAGCGUUUGAUGGGAAGGAGGAGGUCAUGAACAGGACAAUUGCGAUGCAUUUCAUUCGGGAAGGGCGAUUCAAUCUCGCAGAGACUUUUAUACAGGAAGCCGAGAUGAAUGUUCCCGAGCACCUGAAAGAACAGUUUGCCGAAAUGUACCAGAUACUGGAAGCAAUGCGUGCAGGACAAUUGGACCCGGCCAUACGAUGGGCUGCUACACAUCGUGAAGAGCUACAAAGAAAGUCUUCAGGGCUGGAGUUCCAGCUCCUCAAGUUGCAAUUUAUGCAGUUCUUGACAAAUGGGCAGCCUGAGACCGCUUUGAAUUAUGCCAAAGCAAACUUUGGAAGGUUUGCUGUGUCGCAAAUGAAAGAAAUACAGCGCCUGAUGUGCUCGUUCCUCUACUCCAAUCGCCUCUCCGACUCUCCCUACGCCGACCUUCUCGAUCCUCAUGCCUGGAUCGACAUUCAACACCGCUUCACCCGAGACUUUUGUCAACUUCUCGGUCUUUCGUCUGACUCUCCCCUCUAUGUUUCCGUCAUGGUUGGCACGCUCGCUCUUCCCACCAUCAUAAAAAUGUCUUCGAUUAUGAAAGACAAAUCCGGACUUGAGUGGUCUCAAGCUGGCGAGCUACCCGUUGAGAUUCCUUUACUCAGUUCUCAGAGGUACCAUUCCGUAUUUGCCUGCCCUGUCAGUAAAGAGCAGAGCACCGAAGAGAAUCCACCAAUGAUGAUGGCUUGUGGACAUGUUAUUUGCAAGUGUUGCUUGGAUAGGUUGGGUAAGGGAAGUCAGAACACAAGGUUCAAGUGCCCUUAUUGUCCGACUGAAAGUACGGCUGGUCAAGCGAAUCGCAUUUAUGUAUAGGGAAGGCUUGCCGAUACCUUCAGACUUUUGCAUGUAGCAUAUUAAAAACCAAUAUUGUACAGCCGGCAUCGGCUCUCUCUUUGCAUGAUAA